GCAGCCUGUCAGGGGCCCAAGCUCUAGAGGGCUUUGGGUUGGCAUGGGGCCUGGGACCUGGGGCCUGGGACCGGGAGCGAAGGUGGGUUAGUGUGGCUGAGGGUUCGGCGACCCGGAUCUGAGGCCAAGUUCUGGCCAAGGACUGUGGACCUCCGUCAGAUCCCCACCCUCCAGCUCCCCUCAUCUGCGCAAUCCUGCGAGAAGUCUUGGACACGUUCUGGCUCAGGGAACUGGAGAGAGGCCCGAUGCCUGCCCCCCAGGACUCAGCCGACACGGAUCUCUGAACUUGUUCGCCCCACGACCUCCCACCGAGGCAUGGCUUUUGCUCUCCUGACCUCCGUGCCCCCAGUAUUUGGACUCUACACUUCUUUUUUCCCUGUCCUCAUCUACACCUUGUUGGGUACUGGGAGACAUCUGUCCACGGGAACUUUCGCGGUACUCAGCCUCAUGACAGGCUCCGCCGUGGAGCGGCUGGUGCCCGAACCUCUCGAGGGGAACUUGAGCGGAAUCGAGAGGGAACAGUUGGAUGCUCAGCGGGUUGGUGCCGCGGCGGCCGUGGCCUUCGGGAGCGGGGCACUGAUGCUGGGGAUGUUCGCGCUGCAGCUCGGCAUCCUGGCCACCUUUCUGUCGGAACCUGUGGUCAAAGCGCUGACCAGCGGGGCUGCCCUACACGUGCUCGUGUCCCAGCUGCCCAGCCUUUUGGGGUUGCCCCUCCCGCGCCAGAUCGGCUGCUUCGCUCUCUUCAAGACGCUGGCCGCCGUGCUGACGGCGCUGCCCCGGAGCAGCCCCGCCGAACUGACCAUCUCCGCACUCAGCUUGGCGCUGCUCGUGCCGGUGAAGGAACUGAAUGAACUGGCCGCUGCCGCCCCCUCGUGGAGUGCAGAGAGGUCACAGAUGAGAGGCCUUGCUUAUGCGGUGCUUCUGGCCUCUGUGCUCUGCUUCACCUCUUCCCUGGACACAAGAUACAAUGUCCAGAUAGUGGGAUUGCUGCCCGGAGGAUUUCCUCAACCUCUCCUUCCCAGUCUAGCUGAGCUGCCCAGGAUUCUGGCUGACUCGCUGCCCAUGGCACUGGUUACCUUUGCUGUGUCCGCCUCCCUGGCCUCCAUCUAUGCAGACAAGUACAGCUACACUAUUGACUCCAACCAGGAGCUCUUGGCGCAUGGGGUCUCCAACCUCGUCUCCUCCCUCUUCUCUUGCUUUCCCAACUCGGCCACGUUGGCCACGACCAGCCUACUAGUGGAUGCUGGUGGGAACACACAGCUGGCAGGCCUUUUUUCCUGCCUGGUUGUCCUGUCUGUGCUGCUGUGGCUGGGGCCCUUCUUCUACUAUCUGCCCAAGGCUGUCCUGGCCUGCAUCAACAUCUCCAGCAUGCGCCAGAUGUUCUUCCAGAUGCAGGAGCUUCCACAACUGUGGCGCAUCAGCCGCGUGGACUUUGCUGUGUGGAUGGUCACAUGGGUGGCUGUAGUGACCCUGAGCGUGGACCUGGGUCUGGCUGUAGGUGUGGUCUUCUCCAUGAUGACUGUGGUCUGCCGCACCCAGAGGGUCCGGUGCCUGGCACUUGGACUGGCCGAGGGGACAGAGCUCUACAGGCCACUCCGAGAGAGCCACAAGCUCCUCCAGGUCCCAGGGCUCUGCAUCCUGAGCUAUCCAACACCACUCUACUUUGGAACCCGUGGGCAGUUUCGCCGCAUCCUGGAGUGGCAUUUGAGGCUUGGAGAAGGAGGCCAGCUCACUCCAAAGACAGACAGCCCACCUGAUGCAGUUGCUGAGCCUGUCAGAGUGGUGGUCCUAGACUGCAGUGGUGUCACCUUUGCAGAUGCUGCAGGGGCCAGAGAAGUGGUUCAGCUGGCCAGCCGAUGCCGAGAUGCUGGGAUCCACUUUCUCCUGGCUCAAUGUAAUGCCUCAGUGCUGGGGACGCUGACCCAGGCAGGACUCCUGGACAGAGUGACCCCAGAACAGCUGUUUGUGAGUGUCCAGGAUGCAGCUGCAUAUGCCCUGGAGAGACUGGAGCUCACUGGUCCAAAGACUUGCACAGUGUGGGUCUGACCAGGUCACUCAAAUUGUGGAGGGCCCCAACAGUGCAUGUGUGAAGAGGACCAUGGCCCCUGUGCCCCCUUAUUUAAUGUAACUAAUAAAACAAAGCUGAGAGCCUCUGGAUUCA